AUGGCCGAAGAGAACUACUGCAGCGAGGAGAUUAAGAUUCUUUUACAGCAAGCUGAGACUCGAUUGAGCACAUCAGAGCUGCGCCAACAUGCUAGUCCACUUGUGCAAAGGGUCCCAAAGCUCACCCAACACAUGCUCGCCGACCCAUACAUUCGAUCAGACGAGGAUUUAGCCCUUGCAGAUUCAACACGUCUUCUUGAAGAGCAUGAGAAACGAGCUGCCGGCCAGAUUCGAAGAGUCGAAGAUCCAGCGACUAUCAGGGAGCGACUUGUAGAGAAUGAAAGGGUCUCGACAGUUGAACAGUGGUUCAAUCUACCACGAACAGAGCUUACGCCCACUUCCAAAAGAGAUCUGCGCCUCAUGAAGAUGCGUGGGGUGCUUGAUCCUAAACGUCAUUACAAACAGGACAGUUCGAAGGAUAUAGCUCCUACUUUCUCUCAAAUUGCUACCGUCAUUCAGGGACCAACGGAAUUCUUCAACGCUCGAUUAUCCCAGAAAGACCGGAAGUCUACCUUUGUGGAAGAGGUCUUGGCUGCAGAAUCGGCUACGGGACGAGUCAGGAAAAAGUAUGGUGAUAUCCAGGCUACGAAAACGAAUGGUAAAAAGGCUUUCUACAAGAAGCUGAAGGAGCGAAGAGCUAGCAAAACACGCAGAGCCUAA